AUGACAAUCAGCAGCUGUGUGAACAAUAGUAGUAUCAGCAUUAGCAGCAGCAGCAGCAGUAGCAGUAGCAGUAGCAGUAGCAGUGGCAGGAGCAGUAGCAGUGGCAGUAGCAGUAGCAGUGGCAGUAGCAGUGGCAAUGGCAGUGGCAGUAGCAGUGGCAGCAGCAACAACAACAACAACAACAACAACAACAACAACAACAACAACAACAACAACAACAACAACAACAACAACAACAACAACAACAACAACAACAACAACAACAACAACAACAACAACAACAACAACAACAACAACAACAACAACAACAACAACAACAACAACAACAACAAGAACAAUGAUAAUGAUAUUCCCAAUAAUGCUGGCAUAGACUAG